CCACUGCAUCAACAGCCUGGGCAUAGCUUGCCUCCACUGGUAACUCGGCUAAGCUCUUUGGGAUCAAAAGGCACCCAUAUUACGGAGUACACCUGUCACCAGAUCAACUGAUUUCCUUGUCUUGUGGGGCACUGUUCAGCCUGGACCUUCCUCGAUAUCAGUCGCCACUUCACUUCUCUAAUCUGAUCCUUAUCGUUCCUGCAACGUUAUAAUAUACACCCCACCGCCGAGCAGCCAUCUCGACGAAAAACAAACGAGGGGCAUCUCCACAGGUUGGGAUUCGAGACUCCCGCCUCUGCAGACAACAGGAUGAGACAAGAAAACACUGGCUCGUCACUAAACGGCGACCACAGUCGCCGCAACCAGAGCAGUCAAAGCGCGCGUCUCGAGCCUCCAAACGACUCUUCUCAAACAUCUGACCGACUCGCCGAGGAACUGGAUUAUUACCGAAGCUUUCUCGAACAGCUUCUAGGAUUAGUCCGCAAUGGAGACCAGGAUACUGUCAAUCAGAUGGUCUCCAUGAUUCGUUCGGACGCCACCCACCAGCAAAUUCUGGCAGCCUUGUCUGAGAAUUCCGCCAACGAUGGCCAGACUACCCAAGGGGCCCGUGGUCGGAAUAAUCACAACCCGAACUGAAUGACUUCAACCCUGCUAUGCCUCGCAUCUCCAGCAGAUUGUCUGCAUGACGCAUGAUCGUUUGAUAAGGUCUUCACAAGGUUUCCUGGUCCCCUUUGAACGCAGAUGAGGGUGGUGAGAUACAGCUAGACGAGUUAUUCGUAUAUCUUUUGGUCUAGUAUCAUAUUAGUCGGCUCUUUCAAGAUAAGGAAAG